AUGGGUUACGCUGCUAAAUUGUUUAGCUGGUGUUUGAAGUCUAUGGAGUAUUUGGGUUAUUUAGAUGAAAGCAAACGUUCACGCGCCUAUUUACUAAUAUCUGUGCCAACUCUAACAAUUUUACCAGCAGCUUAUAACAUUUGCUUCAAUUGGACUGGUUUGGGUAAUGCGAUCUACGAUAUAUUUAUCAUCAUGAAUCUGAUUACAACGGUAACGCGUGCUUUUGCUGUAAUAACUCAUCAAAAGAAAUUUGCGGAUACUUAUAAAGACAUUGAUAAUUGGUACAACGAUUUGGAGCACGAUGAUGACAAAAGAACUUUUUAUGAGCUACAGAAAUUCACUAAACGUACUGUACAUUUUUCCAAAUAUAUUCAACGUUGUAGUAUAAGCGCCGCCGCAUUUGUUUCCUUUCAACCAAUUCUGACCCAAUAUGGCAACUUCGUUAUUAGCAUUGCAGUACCAGGUGUCGAUUUACUAAAGAGCCCAUCUUUCGAGAUUAUCUACCUACUUCAAGCAUUUUGGGUAAUCCCAGUAUGCGCUUAUUCAUACAUUCCGAGUGUGAAUUCAUUUCUAAUAUUGAUGUCUUUUGGAACAUUCAUGCUGAAAGAUCUUCAGCAGAGAAUCAACAACUUAUCCCAAAUGAAUGAGGAGAGCGCCUUAAAAAAUAUCAAGAAAUGCGUUCAAUGCCAUAUGAAGAUAAUCAACUUUCAUGAUGAUUUGGAAGAAUUAUUCUCGGCCACAAACUUGCUUGAUGUCGGUAUUUAUUGCAUAAUAAUGUGUAUGUUGCUCAUAUAUUCAACGAUGGAAUUUGAUUUGGCACUUAUUUUAAAAGGCUUUUUAAUUUUAUUCGUUCAAACAGUCGCAAUUUUUCAAACCUUUUAUCUGGCAAACGAUUUCUCCGAUGAGAGCCUUGCUAUAGCUAGCGCAGCAUAUAAUACCAACUGGACUCAACGUGACGUGAAAUUUCGCAAAUAUGUACUGUUGAUAAUCACUAGAAGUCAAACGCCUUUGCAGUUCACUGCUGGCGGCUUCAAGCCCUUGACUAUGGAAAUUUUUCUCCGAAUUUUACGCAUUUCAUAUUCCCUAUUCUCUUGCCUAAAGGGCACAAUGUGAACAGCUAAAAAUCG